UUUCUACCCGGAAACUGAUCAAAGUGUGUGGGGAAAGGCAGAGUCAGUGAGUGAGUGAGAGAGUGUGUGUGCGCAGUACAAGCCUGUGUGUGUGUGUGUGCGUGUGUGUGUGUCAGAGACAUAGUGAGAAACAGGGAGUGAGAGGUCUACAUGUGAAUGAGCUCCCGUGCAGACAUACAAGGAAACUUUUUUGCCAGCCCAUUUGAAGACAGAAUCAGUGCAUGGAAAAUGAAACCAACUCAUGGAUGCCAAAUAUAAAGAGCAAAACUCAUAGAGAAAGACAACACUUCACAUUUCUUUUGGCGAUGGCUGGAAGUCUGAUGGGAUUUGUCCGAAGCUUUGAGACUGAUUCAUCUAGCUCUGAGUCUCAGCAGCUAACAAGCGCAGAUCAUAAACUCAUGGACAAGGUUCAAAAAAGACUACAAAAACUGCAUAGGCUUUGCACUGAUCCACGACUAUGUCUAAAGAAUAGCCCGCCUUACCUCCCUGAGCUGGUAAGGGAGACUGUAAAUAUCGUGAUGGAUAUAUGGACUCCUUAUAGAUGCUCAGUCUCAGCCAUGCCACGAGGGGAUGAGGGGGAGUACCUGAGGAUCCAUGUCCAACACUUACUGGAUAAGACAGACAGGGCCAUACUGCUGUUCAAGGAGGGCAAAGAGAAGAUGUUUGAGGAAAAGUCAAACUACAGGAGAAACUUGACUAAGCUGUCCUUGCUGUUUAGUCAUAUGCUGUGGGAACUACGGGCUAUAUUUCCAGGUGGCCAGUUUCAGGGUGAUACCUACAACCUGACCAAGACAGAGGCAAAAGAUUUCUGGCGGAAGAUAUUUGGACAGAAGUGCAUAGUCAAGUGGAAUAUUUUUAAGCAGCAUUUGAAAAAUGUUCACAACUUUGAAGAGGGAAUGGAGGCCAUGGCACUGAAAUCAACAAUUGACCUCACUUGUAAUGAUCACGUUUCUAUCUUCGAGUUUGACAUCUUCACCAGACUGUUUCAGCCUUGGUCAACACUGCUGAGGAACUGGAAUCAUUUAGCAGUGACUCAUCCAGGUUACAUGGCCUUUCUUACGUAUGACCAAGUACAAGCCAGACUGGAACACCACAAACAUCGUCCUGGCAGCUACAUCUUUCGUCAAAGCUGCACCAGAAUGGGUCAAUGGGCAAUCGGUUAUGUGACCCCAGUUUGCAGCAUUGUACAGACUAUUCCAGAGAAUAUACCUCUGUACCAGGCUCUAAUCCAAGGCUUCAGACAGGGAUGCUACUUGUUUCCAGAUGGACGUGAUGUGAACCCUGAUCUCACUACCCUGUGUAUGCCAUCUCAGAAGGGUCGUAUUAAAGUUACAGAGGAACAAUAUGAGUUAUAUUGUGAAAUGGGAAGCACAUUUCAGCUAUGUAAAAUAUGCACAGAGAGAGAAAAAGACACUCGCAUUCAGCCCUGUGGACAUCUGCUUUGCCGGCCCUGUCUCAUCGGCUGGCAGAAGUCAGAUGCACAUACGUGCCCUUAUUGCCGCUGUGAUAUUAAAGGGACAGAGUCCAUCCUCAUCGAGCCAUAUCGGUCCACAAGAGACAAAACACUCCAAAAAAGGCAUGAUGAAGAAGAAGAAGAAGAAGAUGAUGAUGAUGAUGAUGAUGAUGAUGAUGAUGAUGAUGAUGAUGAAGACCAUGAAGAUGUAGAACUAGUCAUGAAAAAACUGGCUGCCAUGAAACGGGCAUCACAAGAGGAGUACCAGGUUCCCAGUUCCAGUUUAGCACCUCCUCCACUUCCACCAAAACAGAACACUGUGUCCUCACCAUGCCCGUCUCCCAAACCACACGUCCGUCCUGCUAUAAGAGACAGGCUGGUUAAAAGUCACAGUAACUCAGCUACCUGUAACAAAGUGCUUCAUGUGGAAAACCAUCAAACUGAAGAAGCCUCAGACAGACAGCUGCAAUGCGAUGCUGAACGGAGCUAUACAUCACUCUCCCAGUCAAGAAGAAAAGGUGAAGCCCCAUGGUCAUGGCCAGCACAUUCAGGACAAAAGAAAAAAGAGAAACGAAGGGAAGAGGUAGAUGACAGGUGAUUUGGAAACAGAGAUGCUAGCAGGAAGACAAAGUCAAAGAAACUUUCAUAGACCGCUCACGUCUUUGACUUUCCUGGAGGAUUUCCCCAUGAAACAAACAUAACAACAAACUGAGUUCUGUUUUCUACACUUGUCCAUGCAAUGUACCGUAAAAAUAAGGUUAAAUAAAAACAAUAAAAAUAAAAUUAAGGGGAAAUGAGGGAACACUGUAGUUAGUAAUAUAAAUAAAUGUUGUUAUUUUAAAUGUAACAAUAUGUAAACCUUAACAGAUUUUUUGCUAUAUAAUAAUGUCUACCUUAAAAAGAAACGGUUAAAUACCAUCAUGUAUUCAACAAAUUUGUACCUUUAAUUUUAUAUGCCCGGGCCGUUACAUAUACAGACUACAUUAUAAGUGGACUUUACAUAAAUAAAUACUAUUCAGAUUUGUGUGGAAA